CAAAUAUGUUUCACUAUUUACUUUCGUUAAUUUUCAUAGUGCAAUUUGCUCUUGCCCUUGACCAGAAGCACAUCUUCACAUCUCUCCAACUUACAAGUCAAAGAGGUGAUAAUAAACCACUAUCUCCAUGGAUUGCCAAAGUUGGUUUCAACUUUGAAAACAUUUCCCAAUACUCCAACUAUGAAGCUUUUAAUUUGAAAAUGCCAAAUGUUUACCGUGUCAAAUUUGAUGGUGAUUCUGAUACUUUAAGUGCAACUUCAGGUGGUAAAACACUAUUCACUUGUCGUCAAAAUUCUGGUUCAUACUACUUGGAUUUUUCAAUGUUAAGUUGUAACAUUCAAGAUGAUCUUAUUGGUGCUGAUUUCCACUCUAUCAGUGGUGAAAUUCAAUUCACUGUUUUCUUUGGUGUUGGUGGUAGUGCUUCAAGUGUUGAAAUUGGUCAUGCAAAUGCUUUCAAAGCUGGUCAAAAUACAAUCACUUGGAAUGGUGAUUUAACUACAACCAUUAACUUAGCUGCUCAAGAAUACACUGAUGGUCUUUAUCCAUUUUCUCAUACUACUGGUCAUGAUUCCGUUGAAGAUUAUUUCUUAUUACCAGCUUGUGCAGAAGGUUCACAAUCAGGUAGCAUUCAAUUAGAUUUUGGUGCUAAUGUCCAAGGUGAAGGUAAAAUCAAUUGUGACUUGACUCAAAUUUAUAUCACUAAUGAUCUUAAUGACUGGUUGUUUCCAAAAUCUUAUGAAAAAGUUGAUUUUGGUGUUACUUGUUUCUCCUCAAUGAUUCUUCUCAAUUAUAAGGACUUACCAGCUGGUUACAGAAUUUUCAUCACCACUUUCCAAUACCAAACAACAACCAAAUUAACUUUAACUAAUAAAGUUAGAUAUAAUGUCCAAUGUCCAAGUGCUUCUAAAACUACAACUGCUGAUUAUGUUCAAAACAUCAACAUUGCUACAAGACAAGCUACUGCUACUGCUUUACCAUUAUACAUCACCACCUCCGGUUAUGAUGGUUCAACCACUUCAGUUUCAACCACCAUUGAUAAAACUUCCCCAACUGCUGGUACUAUUUAUGUUUUGACUCCAAAUCCAAAACCUUCAACCACAACCACCACUACUUCAACUUGGUCAAAUACUUAUGCUACAACUACUACUGAGCCAUUCUCCUCAGGUGACUUGACUAUUACUGUCGAUGUUGAUGUCCCAGGUCCAAAGCCUUCAAGUUCAAGCUCAAGUGUUGUUAAAUCUUCAAGUUCAAGCUCCUCAAGCUCUUUGACUUCAGCAAAACCAACAACAACAACCACUACUACUUCAACUUGGUCAAAUUCAUACACUACCACUACUACUGAACCAUUUUCCUCAGGUGAUUUGACUAUUACUGUUGAUAUCGAUGUACCAGGUCCAAAACCAUCAAGUUCAAGCUCUUCAACUUUAAGCUCAUCUUUUGGUACUACCACUUUGGCUCCAGCUGAAUCAACAGUCACCACAACAGUUGAAUGCUCAUUAUGUACUAAAUCUUCAAGUGCUUCAAGCUCAAUCGCAGUUUCAUCCUCAUCUUCAUCUUCAAGUGUUAUUGUUCCACCAUCCUCUUCAGCUUCAUCAAGUGUUAUUGCUCCACCAUCUUCAUCCUCAAGUAGUGUGAUUCAACCAUCCUCAUCCUCAUCAUCAUCCACUACUGUUUCAUCAUCAAGCUCUGCUAUUGUUGUUUCAUCCUCUUCAUCUCUCAAAUCAUCAUCAUACUCAUCCUCAUCAAUCUCAGUUCCUUCAUCAACCUCAUCAUCAACAAUUUCUUCAAGCUCAAUUUCCUCAACAACUUCAUAUGCUCCAGUCUCCUCUUUAAGCUCUUCAUCAGCUUUUGAAAUUUCUUCAUCAUCCUCAUCUUCUGUUGUCAUAUCAUCUUCAUCAGUUGCUUCUUCUACAAUUGCAUCCUCAAUUGUCUCUUCUUCAGUUAUCUCAUCAGUUGUCUCAUCUUCAGUUAUCUCAUCGGUUGUCUCAUCCUCACCAUCCACCAUCAUCGUUCCAUCAUCAUCAUCAGUUGUUGUCAUUCCUUCUUCAUCAUCUAUUAUCAUUUCAUCUUCUUCAAGCGAAGCUGUUUUGUCAUCAUCAACCUUUAGUGAAGAAUCAUCAAUUGUUUCCAUUCCAACAACUGUCUAUAGCUCAUCAUUCUCUAAUGUUGUUAGUUCAGUUGUUGUCUCCUCAGAAGCUUCAAUUCCUCCAUCACCAGCUAUUCCUUCCUCUUCAGAAGUUGCUUCAACAGUUAGUACAUUCCCAGGUUCAAUUGAUGCCUUCCAACCAUCAUCAUCAAGCUCAAUUGUUAUUCCAUUCUCAUCAUCAUUUUCAACUGUCUUAACUACUACUGAAACCCCUGUUGAACCAUCCACCUCUACACCAGCCACUAUUUCAUCUGUUGAAAAAUCAAUCUCAUCAUCAGUUCCAACAGCUACUCCAGUUGAAGAAGUUUCUACUUAUGUUACCACUUCAGGUGAUAAAGUUUACACAAUUACCAAAACUCAUACUAAUUUUGAAACUCAAUACCCAUCAACUCCAGAGCAACCAGCCACUACUGAAGCAGUUGAAUCAUCCACUACCCCAGCUGUUAUUGAAAAACAAUCAUCAACAUCUACUCCAAUUAUUCCAAGUGUUGCUAUCAGUACCAGUCCAUCAGUUGAACAAUUUGAAGGUGCUGCUUCCAAAUUACAAUUGAGUUCAACCGUUUUAUUAUUUCUUUCUGUUUUGUUCCUUUGAUUCAUUUUUUUUCCAGUUUUUUUUUAACUUAGAAUUAAUAAUUUGACUAUUUCUUCUCAAUUCAG